AUGGCGAUCGCGAGCCGGAAGUUGAAUCGCCAUCUCGCUCUCCAUCUCAACCCGACUACUCCGGCCAUUCACCACCGCUUCUCACCUUACCCGGCGGCAACCUCUUCUCUCACCACUCAUCAUCAAGAAGUCAAGAGCCUGACAGAGUUAGAGAAGCUCCACCCACUCGGCCAAGGAAGCGGCGGCGCAGUCUUCAAGGUCCGCCACAAACCCACCCGCGCAAUCUACGCUCUCAAGAAGAUCUCCGCCGCCGCCGAAACCCAAACCCAAGAAGAAGAAGUCUCCAUCCACCGGAUCGCGUCCUCCUCACCUCACGUGGUCAAAUUCCAGGGCUCCUUCCAAACCCCAAACGGCGACGUUUCGAUCCUCAUGGACUACAUGGAAUCCGGCUCCCUCUCCGACCACGCGAAAGCCACCUACCGCGACGCCCGCCUCCCGGAGCACGCAAUCGCCGACGUAGCGCGACAGAUCCUCCAAGGGUUCAGCCACCUCCACGCCAACAACAUCGUCCACAGGGACGUCAAACCCGCCAACUUCCUGGUCAACGCCAACAACAACAACGAGGUCAAGAUCGCUGACUUCGGCGUCAGCAAGCGGCUCCCCACCCGCCUCGCCCGCUGCGACUCCUACGUCGGCACCGCCGCCUACCUCAGCCCCGAGCGGUUCGACAUGGCGGCCCACGGCUCGACCUACGACGGGUUCGCCGCCGACGUGUGGAGCCUGGGGCUCGUGUUCUUGGAGCUUUACUUGGGGAGGUACCCGCUGCUUGAACCAGGGCAGAAGCCGGACUGGCCGGCGCUGAUGUGCGCCAUUUGCUUCGGCGAGAUGCCGCCGAAGAUCCCCGAGGAAGCUUCCGAGGAGUUUAGGGAGUUUAUUGGGUGCUGCUUGGAGAAGGAUCCUUGCAAGAGGUGGACCGUUCAGCAGCUGCUCGGACACCGUUUCAUCGUUCGACGUCCCCAAGAAGAAGAAGAAGAAGAAGAAGAAAGGACUCGAGGAGAUAGCUAG